AUGGAUGAACCAUUAUUUGGAGAAAGAAAAAAACAGUUUUCAAUAGCAAUAGGUGUUUAUUUUGGUAUUAAAAAUAAUCCAAGACAUUUUGUUUUGGUUGCUACAAUUAUUUUAAUAUUUGGAUCAUUAGCAUUAUUAGUUAGAUGGUGGCGUGAUCAAGAUGAUAGAAUUCAUCCAAAAUUCAAAUAUCUUAUUUUCCUUUUAGCUGGUUGUGCUAUUUUAGCCUCAAUUGCCACUAAUUGUUAUGUUUGGGAAAAACAAGUUGAAUGCAAUGGCCUUUACAGUUUCCAAAAUAAAACUUGCACUCCACUUUCUUCAUCAUUAAACAACUGCGAAUGUGGUGUUCUUUUAGAUAUUACCAAGGUUCCAUAUGUAGCUAUGUGCAAUGAUAAUUGUCCAAUUCCAUGUCCAAAUGAUACAUCAAGCGGCAAUAAGACCGAAGAAGAAUAUUACAGUAUUUUUGAUGAUGUCGAUUUUUAA